CCUUUGUACCUAUAGGUGAUUAUUACAAAAUACAAUUUUAGUAUUUAGUACUAUUUACUCUAUAGUCUAUUCAUAAACUGUUCGUUAGUGUUAGAACUAGGUUUUAUUAUACAGAUUGGGCUCUACAUUUAACUUAAUCGUAAAUAUUAACUGACAAAAAGUUUAAUAAAAUCGAUACAAAAUGAUGACCCUAAUAAAUCGGAUACUUGAUUGGAUUAAGAGUAAAUUUUGGACUGAAGAAAUGGAACUCACCCUCGUUGGACUACAAUGUUCUGGCAAAACUACAUUUGUUCAUGUAAUUGCAUCUGGUCAAUUUAAUCAAGAUAUGAUACCAACAGUUGGUUUCAAUAUGCGAAAAGUGACAAAAAAUAAUGUCACUAUUAAAAUAUGGGAUAUUGGUGGUCAGCCACGUUUCCGAUCUAUGUGGGAGAGGUAUUGCCGAGGAGUUAAUGCUAUUGUUUAUAUGGUAGAUGCAGCCGACACUGAUAAAUUAGAAGCUUCAAGAAAUGAACUUCAUAAUUUAAUAGAUAAACCACAAUUAGCUGGUAUACCUGUCUUAGUUUUGGGUAACAAGAGAGAUUUGCCAAAUGCUCUAGAUGAAGUUGAACUGAUUGACAGGAUGAAUUUAAAUGCCAUUCAAGAUCGAGAAAUUUGUUGCUAUUCGAUAUCUUGCAAAGAACAAGAAAACAUUGAUAUUACUUUGCAAUGGUUGAUUAGCCAUUCAAAAUCUAAUCGUCAGUCAUCAACGUAAAAUUACCAUUGGAAAAUUUCAUAUCUAGCACUGAAUUUGUGCUAAAAAUAUUGAAUCUUUUCUAGAUUUAAUUUUUUUGUUUAAGGCUGAUCCACCUUUUUUAAUUUUCUUUUACCCAAUAUAGAUAAAUUAAUGCCGUUUUUAUCAAUGCACUCAUGGUUAUAAUACAGCAACUAAAUAUAGAAGUUAUAAUAUUACUAUAGAAAAUCAUAUUUUUGGAUCAAA